AUGGCGGGAGGUUUCAACUUGGUCAACACUCUUCUCUUCCCAGCUCCAGAGGCAAGCUACGACCUGAACACGUUCCCAGAGGAGGAGCUCAUCUGGCUGCCACGCAGUUUGGAUCCGGAAGAUCCUGAUGUCGAGGCCAAUGUUCCGUGCUUGUUUCUCACAUCGAACUCUGCCCGGUUCGUGAUGCUCUACAUGCACAGCAAUGCAGAGGAUUUGGGACGCUGCUACAACUUUUGCAACAUGCUGCGCAUGCAGUUCCAGGUGAAUGUCUUGGCGGUUGAGUAUCCUGGCUAUGGGAUUUGCCCCGGUGGACAGGCCGACGAGAUGUCCGUCAUUGCGAAUGCCAAGUUGGCCUUUCGAUUUAUUACUGAGGUGCUGCGCUAUCCCUCUGAGGACAUCAUUGUUUUGGGCCGAUCGGUUGGUAGCGGGCCAGCACUUCACGUUGCUGCAGAAGCCAAAACAUAUGGGGUCAUCUUGAUCUGCCCUUUCCUUUCGGUAAGAGAAGUGGUUCGCUGCCACCUCGGUCGAGUUGCGGACCUCAUCGAAGAACGCUUUCCAAACAAGGAGAGAAUCAAAGAUAUAUCUGGCUUUCUUCUUAUUGUGCAUGGAAAGAAGGACACGGUUGUGCCGUGGACUCAUGGACAAGAGCUCUUCGAGACUUGUACCCGGAGAAAGCGUCUGGUCACUCCCGAGGAUAUGACGCACAACGCAAGUUUGUUGACGGACCCUGCCGUGUUCAUCAUGCCAGUUCUCCAGUUCUUUGGACUUCCGGAUUACAGCUUUGAGCCUUUGAGAAUUCCAAACUGGGUAUUUGAUGCGACGCUGACGCCCACAGCUUUGCGAACAGAGCGGAAGGCUGUAGCACCAAAAAGACACGGUGCAGCUUGCAAUGGGCAAAGACCCGCUCCAAAGACGCAGUCGCGGGUCAUGGCAGGCUGCAAGAGUUAG